UAUAAAACAGCGUCAACAGCGUGCACAACCAGACGGUGAACCUUUGUGAAGUGCAACAGAGCUAACAUACUCACUAAAAUCUUUCAGUGGUGCAUAAAAAUAGUUUGAUUUUAGAAAAUGGACAAGAAUACUGAUAAGGAUAAUGAUGAUAAGACUCCUGAACAGCCAAGGCAGCCAAAGAAUCUUCAGGGACUCCUGAAAUUUGCUAUGGAGGCUACAAGCAAAGAGGAUCCCACAGGACCUACAGAAUUUCAUAUGGAUGAGGAGAAACGAAAGUUCCUGGAAGAUGCUCUGAAAGACAUGACUGUCGAUGUGAAGAAGGAAAUGUUGGAUGCUGUAAAAAUUCUCAAUGAUCCUGAUGCAACGGAGAGUGAUCAAGUAAAUGCCCUGGAAGUAAUUAAUGACCUCAUCGAUAGCAUUGACAAUGCGAUCCUCUUUCAACAACUAAUGGGCUUCGAUGCUCUUAUACCCUGCCUCAAUUCCAAAUACGAAAGUGUCCGUGCAGCUGCAUUACUCCUUGUGGCUGAUCUUGUGAAGAAUAAUCCUUCGGGUCAGCUGGCACUUGUACAGUUAAAUAUUAUGUCUACACUCACGAAUCUUCUCACACAUCCUGAUCCAAUUUGUACAAAUGCCAUGUCUGCAAUAUCAUCACUUGUUACAAACUACGAUCAGGGUGUAAAGGAGCUAUUUGAGAGCAAAGAAAUUUACAAGAUUGUAAAAAUUCUGGAGACACGCAAGGAGAAUAGGCUCAUAACGAAGGUCACAUUCUUCCUUUCGGGCAUUCCAGGAUGUCAUCCGGACUUUGUGGAUAAAUUCCUCGAUUUGGGAAUCAUGAAGUACCUUUCUGAGCUUAUUGUUCCGGUAACGCAGGAAGAACUUCAAGACUCGCAGAUUUUGAAUAAAGUCCAAAAUAUUCUUCAUGCAACUGCAAAUUUUUGCACCUACAACCGCUCAAUUGAUGACCUACGUAUCAUUGCACCUGACCUUUCGCACAGGCUGAAGGAAAUUGUGAAAGUUGCUGCAACAGAUGAGGCAUUUUCCGACAUUCAAGAAUAUGCGGAGAAAAUACUAAAAGUUAUGAAAUAGAUUAAGAUCUCCUUUUUGAUAUUUAAAUAAAUAAACCCUCUCGUGCAAAACA